GGGCCAUCCGAGGGGCUCAGUCGAAGAGAAACUGUCCGCGCGCGAGCAGGUCCUGUGUCGGCGCGCGCGAGCCCGAAAUCAGUCAAUUCGGCCCAACUGACCAAGUGAGCAGUGGCAGGUGCGAGACGGCGCCCUCUAGGUCGCGACCUGGCCACACAUGUCCACCACCCUAGCACGUCGGACACUUUGGUGAACUCGCGUCCGAGUGCGAUCCGAGCAGCAGCAGGAUACGGUGCUCGCUCUCUCGCCAACCCCAAAUUCAGUGCAGUGUGUCACGUGUGCUUGUCCUGUGGAUACCCCAGGGAAUGUGCCUGUCCGACGCAUCUUCCAGCCGUACCACUUUCGCCACCCUUUGGAUUUUUGAGCCCGUGCCAAUGGAGUGCUGAUGCUAUGUGGCAGGAGGACGGCCUGCAGAGGUAGCCAUCAGCAGCAGCGCAGCAGUGGCGGAGCGAUGCCUUGCUCCUGGCAGGCCAUGCUGAAGAAGGACGAGGGCCGCGAGCAGCACCGCCAGCCGAGCGCAGAUUUUGAGAGCAGCAGGAGGGCCGCCGCCACCGCCGAAGCCUGGUGGACGACGCAGACGUCGGCAGCUCGGUGUCGGGCGCAUUGAGCAGAUCAAGAUCCAUGGCCCUGCAUGGAAACGCCGCGUCCGCCGCACGUGUGCCUCCGUCGCUAGCCGCCCCGCUACCUCAAGUGCACCGCGUCGGCGCCGCCGCCGGCUCAGCAUCCUCGUCGCUCCGCACGCAGCAGCAGCCGCUGCUCCCGCGGCGCAGCCAGCCAGAGGCCGCAGUCAGCCUCGCGCAGCCGCGCCCUGACGGCGAGCGGGUCGCCAACGAUUAUGUGGAGGCGCCGUUGCGCAGCCCCGUCUGCGCAGUCCCUCCCCGCCCCCCUAGUCGAACGCAUGGAGCCCCGCCGCAGCAGCCGCGCGGGCGGCUGCCGCUGCCCACGGCGGCCAAGCGGCCGCCGGCCGUCAUCACCAAGCAGCCGGGCAAGAAGUCGGAGGCGGCCGAGUGCAGCGCGACGGCCGCGGCCGCCGCCGAGCGGCCCGGAAUCUGCCCCGAGUGCGGCGAGUGCAAGUGCAACGCGUGCCGCGGCCCCAAGGCGCUGCCCGAGCGCUGGCUGUGUAACAAUAACGUGUACUGCUCGCCACAGGCCACGGUGGACUACGUCAGUUGCCUGUGUUGUGUCAAGGCCAUCUUCUACCACUGCUCCAAAGACUAUGAGCGCGACGACGGCAACGCGCCGUGCGCCGACGAGCCGUGCUCGUGCGCCGCACCGCGCAGCUGCGCGCGCUGGGGCUGCCUGGCCGCGCUCAGCGUAGUGCUGCCCUGCCUUCUGUGUUACUGGCCGUUGCGGGCGGCCGUCGCCGGCUACGAGGCCUGCCACAACCGGCUGACCAGCAACCGCGGCUGCCGCUGUCGGCCGCCCCCGCUCCCGCCGUCCGCCUCCCUGGAGGCGGCCGCCAGCAACAAGGCGCUGCUCGACGGCAGCGCCGCCGACAAGCGGCUCCUCGACUCCAGCCCCGAGUAGUGCCUCGUGUUGCCCCCCUUCGCACACCCCCCCACACACACAAGGACUUCUUAUAAUUGAAUUCUUAUAUAAUUAUUAUGUAUUGUAAUAAUUAUUACACACACACUGAUCGAUGUGGUAUAGAGAAACAAAAAAUGAGAGAGAGACGCUCCAACUUAAAUUAUAUAUUUGAUAAAAAAAUUUAUUAAAACCGAACUGCUCUGACAAGUUAUAUAAACGAGUGUGUCGUCUCGUCGUCGUGUCGACCGAUCGAGGAUGUUUUUUUUUCAUACAUAAUUAUUGUGUUAUCAGGGAUUACAAACAAAAAAGGAAUUGAUACAGAACGAAAAAUAACUGAAUAAGCAAGCCAACCGACCUCUUUUUGCGACAGCUGUCUGUUUUUCUCUGUAUACGUUUUUCCGUCGGAAACGCAAAUCAAAUCAAAUUCAUGCAUUAAAUAUUUAUAUAUUUACUACAAAAGAAAUAUAAAAAAAAACGCGCGCGUUUGUUGUUGUUGAUUCCCGCCCAUUUCUUUUAAACACUUUCUCUGAAUGUAUCUAUCUAUCUGUCUUCUAUUAUGUUACGUAAUUAACUUACUGCAAUGUGCAUUUAAACGAACUCUACACGCAACCAACAACAAAUGAUUUAUAUAAUAUUUCAAUCGAAUACGCCAUCUGACCACGUUUUUAUUAUUGUAUCGCUCUUUAUAUACAUUUUGUUGAGUUGUACACUUUCUUUUUGUUAUACGUUUCGAACGCGGGUGGCUCUCAUUGCUGUUACAAACAUUCGAUUCCCAAAGUACACACACAAGCAAGAACUCUCGAGAAGUCUUUAUAUAUUUUUACUUAUCGUAAGCCUGCCUGCCGUCUCCAUAAUGAUGUCAAAUCAAAACAAUUUCUCUCGCUUCUGACUAAUGUACUGUUUAACAAUAGCAACAAAAAUAUAUAUGCCAAUUUAUAUACAAUUCUGUCUCUCAGUUAAUUUGAACGGGCGGGCGGUUCCCACUUGAUAUAUAAAAUGCUGUUUGUCAGUAAUCUUCUGUAAUAAAUCGUCACUUGCUCGGCCAGCAGCCCCGCAGUCUGGAUUUCGCGCACACAUUUCGGCUCCGCUCGUUGUCGCUCAAUUUUUUUACGUAAUAUAUAUAUUUCCUCUUUUAAUUAAUUGUAAUUAAUAUAUUUAAAUUAUUAGCUGUUUCUUUAAUAUACGGCGAAGAAGGAAAGGAAAAAAUUACGUGUCUUGCGAGCAACGAGUCUUUUAUAAUCGUAUACUAGUCUUGUUAGACUCUAAAUAAUGUUAAUAAUUCUUCCACAAAAGACUCCCUCCCUAGUUUUUUUCGUUCGGUCCUGCGCGUGGGCGGCGACGCCGCGGGGUCUCGUCACGGGCCCGAUCUCCCCGGCCCGGGGCUUGCUGCGUCCGAAGCGAGAUGAAAAAAAAAUAAAACAAAGCUACUACUGUUUAAUUUAAAUGAAAUGGACUCUAUAGAUGAAUUAAUUAAUAAAAGUAAUUAUUUGAAAGCAAGCGGAAGCAAAAGUUGGUGUGCGUUUAUAAAUUUGCAAAACAUACAGAAAUGCUAUUUUUUAUAUUCCCCCAGUAUUAUCUAGUCUGCGGCAAAAAAAGUAUGAUUGUUAUUACGGAAUGCGUGCGAGUUUCUUUACUGUAUGUAUAACUCUAAGGAGGAUUAAGUGGAAUAUAUAAAAUAAUAGUGGAAAAAAAAACAAAUUUGAUUUUUUUUCUCUCUUGCUGAAAUUUAUAAAAAAAAAACAUACAUGUCUCCUGACCGAUUUUGACUGGUACGUAAAUCUACGUAUAUUUGACGUAGGAAGCAAACGCGGUUGUUCGUGAAAAUAAAUUUCUCACUUUCGAAAUAAUUAAACAAACAAGCAAUUCACUCACAUUCAUCAAUUCAUUCGUUAUAUUUGUUUCUCUUGUGGAGAAACUUUCUCACAUAUUUAUAUACCUGUGGAGUAAAUCGACGUGAGUGCCUGCUUUUUAUAUCGGAGAAUAGAGAGGAAGAAAGUGCGGAAAGCUAAUUUGUUGCUUGUUGGUUCACACAUUUAUUUUUGACCUGCUUGUUAUGAUACUCUCAUCUGCUCAUUGACAUUCACAUUCAUAUUUCGUUUUUUGUUGGCUAAAUGGAUAAUAAUCGUGCGAAAUCAACCUUUUUCGAUUUUUCCUCGAAUUGAAAAAAGAAGUGAGUAAAAAGCGCCAAUUUUUCACUAAGGAGAUGUAAUAUAGAUAUUAUUACCACUACUACUACCAACUACUACCUAAUCAUUCAUACAUUAUUUUGUAUAACUUGUAAUGCGACAAGCUGAUAGUUUUUCCUCGCUACUAUUUACCCUUCCAAACUCAACAACAACAACAACAAAACAUGGAAAUUCCAGCAACUUUUCUCUUUUUUUUU